AUGAGUUCUGUUUCCCGUCGAUCAACAUUACUUAUCGAUAGUUUUAAUCGUUUACAUAAUUAUUUGCGUAUAUCACUAACAGAACGGUGUAAUCUAAGAUGUCAAUAUUGUAUGCCUGAAAAAGGUGUUGACCUUUCACCAGCAAAUCAUAUACUAACUACAAAUGAAAUUUUACGUCUUAUUCGUAUUUUUACAACAUAUGGUGGAAUUAAUAAAAUUCGUUUAACCGGAGGAGAACCAACGAUUCGUCGAGAUCUUAUUGAUAUUGUACAUGGAAUACGUUCAUAUCCAUCAAUUAAAACAAUUGGUAUAACAACAAAUGGUGUUCUUUUACAUCGUUUACUUGAACCACUUGCUCAAGCUGGUCUUAAUUCAUUAAAUAUAUCUUUAGAUUCAUUAGUUAAAGAAAAAUUUGAAUUUCUAACACGACGUGCAGCAUUUACACGUGUUUUAACAAAUAUACGUUUAGCAUUGGAUAUGCCAAAUUUAUAUCCAUUAGUUAAAAUAAAUUGUGUUGUUAUGCAAGGUGUAAAUACAGAUGAAUUAAAUGAUUUUGUUGAAUUAACACGUGAUCAAUCAAAUUUAGCUGUACGUUUUAUUGAAUAUAUGCCAUUUAGUGAUAAUAAAUGGACUGAAAGAAAAUAUUUUCCAUAUGAAGCAAUGUUAAAAAUAAUAAAACAAAAAUAUAAUUUAGAAAAACUUCAUCAAGAAGAUAAAAAUGAUACAACAAAAUGGUAUCGUGUAAAAGAUAAUUCAUAUCAGGGUAAAAUUGGUUUUAUUACAUCUAUGAGUGAACAUUUUUGUUCUACAUGUAAUAGAGUUAGAAUUACAGCUGAUGGACAAUUAAAAGUUUGUCUAUUUGAUAAUAAAGAAGUAUCAUUACGUGAUGCUCUUCGAUCAGAUUUAAAUGAUGAAGAAAUCUAUUCAUUAAUACAACGAACAUUAUAUAAAAAAGAAAAAGAACAUUUACCAGUGAAUAUUUUACCAACACGAGAAAACCGUCCAAUGAUUUUAAUCGGUGGAUAA